ACGGACAGAGACAGACGAGCUGGUUAGACAAGUCCUGGGAAUAAAACCGGUCGGAAACUCGGUUUAACACAUAUUUAUACAGCUUUAAAUAAACAGUUUAGCGUCUUGAGUAGUUUGUGCGCACAUGCCAGACAGACCGCUGCGUUUACGGUUUAUAUUUCUCUCUGUCACUUAAUGUUUAACUUGACUGAGACAUAAUUCAUCUCCAGCGCCGUGCUCCGGAUUAUACCUCCUUACGCCCGGACUGUCAUUUUUUAUCUGAACUAUACGCAUUAUUUAUUUAUUAUUAUUUUUUUAAUGUGGCAAACAAUUAAAAAUUGGACGUUUCUCUUCAAAUGACGUGGACUAGCACCAUGAGCAGUGGUUACAGCAGUCUGGAAGAAGAUUGUGAGGAGUACUUUUUCACCGCAAGAACUUCCUUUUUCAAGAAGCCUUCAGGGAAACUCGCAGAUCCAAAGGACGCUGAGAAAGAGAAAGACCUCCGGACUCAUCUCAGUUAUGAAGAGAUCAGGCACAAGAUCGAAUUGUACAACGCAGCCACACGAGACCACUUUAAAAUGACACUGAACCAUGAUGGCUUGUACACAGGCUUCAUAAAGGUGCAGCUCGAGCUGCGGCGGCCCAUCACCGUGACGGGAGGAGUAGCAGGGAUGAAGGCGGCGGAGGCGUUUUAUUUACCGCGUGGCUCCGUAAACACUCUGCACAUCAGCAGCUCCAACACGGUACAGCAGGUGAUCGAGGCUCUGCUGCACAAGUUCACCGUGGCCGACAACCCGGCGAAGUUCGCCCUGUACAAACGCUUCCGCCGCGAGGACCACGUGUGUGUAUGUAAGCUGUCAGAAGGAGAGCACCCUCUGCUCCUGCGUCUGCUGGCCGGGCCAAACCUGGACACACUCAGCUUCGUCCUGAGAGAGCAGCAGACAGGAGAAGUCAUGUGGGACGCUUUCUCCAUCCCCGAGCUGCAGAACUUUCUGCGCAUCCUGGACAAGGAGGAACAGGACCAGGUCCGUGUGAUCACUGCACGUUACAACAUCUACAAAGAGAAGUUGGAGAGGGCACUUCGAGUGAUUAACAACCAUAAUUAACAAUUCUUUAUACACAACAACACACACACACUGAGAUAAAGUGGACUGGCGUGUCAGGAGUCACACAGAAUGAACUGUGAUGCGUGUCUCUCAGAAACUCUGUUCUCCAGAGAACAUAUGACGGUUGCCUUUUAAUGUGUACCACACGCCAUAUUUCCAUCAUACACACUUUUUUUUUCUCCCUUGUUUAGUUACCUCUUGAUCUUGUGAAUGAAGCAAGCUUGAGAAUCUGUUCUGAUUAUUUUAUUUAAUUGAUAUAUUCUAUGGCUUGUACAUAUUUUUGUUUUUUUAUUUAUAUGGGGAAGCUUUCUUCUUUCGUUAUCUAUAUUUUAAGAGUCUUAUUUUUAAGAGUCAUAGCAACAAUCCAAAAUUAAAUGAGUAGAAAGGCAGUAACUGUAGGUAAUGCUGACCAGCAAGUUUGAUUUACCAAAGAAAAAGUAAGGUGACCUUGUUUCGAUGGAAGUAGACCUGAUGGAGAUUUAGUUUAUAGUCCGAGUUUGCAUAAAAAUGGUUUUUAUAUUUAUAUUGCCUGAGUCUAAGAACUAUGAGGAACAGAGACAAGCUGCAGUACCGAUGUUAGUAUUACCAGGCCCAUCGACUGACCCCUCAUAUCAGGAAACCAAACUGACAAUCCUUUUUUUUUUUUUUUUUUUUGGAAAGGAAGAUCUUGGGGUUGGGAAUACAGAUAGAAAGUGUCGUGUAAAAAAAACAAACAAACAAAAAAAAAACGAUAAGAACAGAAGAAGAAGGAAGAUACGAUUGUAGGAAACUUGUAAGUAAAAGGCAUGAGAAUGGACAGAAAGUGAAAUGCUGGUUGACUUGUUCGGUUCAAGCCAAAGUAGUUCAGAGGCUGAUGAAAAGACUUCUGAACUCUAGAAAAGUAGGCCGUGUUGUCAUGGAGCAGAAGCAAUUGCAGGAAGUUGACCUAUGGAGAUAGAGGAAGUUGAAAUGCAUUUAGAGGAACUGCACUGGUCUGGGAACAAACAUAAUGAAUGCAGAUCUGAUGCUCAGGCUGACCUUAAGAGAUUGACUUGUCUUUUGUUAGUGCCAAGCGACAGUUAGAAACUGCGAGUGAUUAUGUAUAAUAUCCUCGCAUUAUCAGAUCCUGUAACAGAAGAAAGAACAAGGCGUGGGCUUUGUGGCAGUGGUCUUAUGGGGGGAUGGGGGUGCUAUCCAGCUCUAAAAAAGUCAUUAAGCCUAAUAUCGUAGAUUAAAGAUGCAGGCUGAAAGACGGUCUUGCCGUGCCAGGCUGUAGGCUAAGUGUCUAUCGUAUUUCAGAUGCAGCUGUUCAAGAUCUCUUAAAUUUAAUGCUGUUAAACUGUGCAUGAGGGAAAAGUUAUAAUCACGUUUAUAAUCAUUGAAUGGAAGUAUUGAUAACAUAAAAAAGAUAAGUGACAAUCUGAAUAAAAAGUUUGCAUUUUGUACUCAUAGCUCUCUUUAAGAUGCUGUUUUAAUGUGUACUAGCCCACGCUAGUUCCUUCUAUGCAGAAGUCAGCAGAAAGGUCUUAAAGAGCAGACAAUUGGUCAGACAAUCUGUGCUCAUUUGUCGCAAUGAACAUUUACACCAUGUUCAAGUUUUUAAAAUGAUACUUGUGUAUCAGUGGUUGAUUUAUUUUUUUUGUUUGUUUUAUCUUUUUUCUUUUUGUUUAAACAACAAAAAAAAAUUAUACCUAUGCAUAUUUUAUUAGAAAUUGUUUUUGCUAGUUUUGCCUUAUUUUAUGUCUGGUGAUGUGGGGACAUCUUGUGGUCAUCUGCUGUAAUAGCAUCUUAACUUCACAGUCUUUGUUCACCUGUUGAGGUUUUAGGUUUUUUUUCUUACUUUAAAUGUUUUUUUUUUUUUUUUUUUUAAUAACCAAAGAAAAGUGUAAAAUUGCAUAUUUAAUUUAAAUGUAGAGUCUAGAGAAUUUAGUGCCUGCUGCAUUUUAAGAGCUUGUUUUACUUGAUAUACGCAUAGCCUGUGAGCUCAUGUCACCAUGGCAACAUUUACUCCUAAACACUGGGUUAAAUAUAUUUUAGAAUCAAAAGUUUUCAUCAUUACAGGAUUUUUUUCCUUUUUUUAAAUCAAUAAGACGUUGAUGAUUAUGCGCUAAUGUUCUGUUGUGAUAAGGGUAAGACUGACACUCACCCAGCGCUCUUGUGAUGUUAGUAGUAGAUAGUAAACCAUUUUGGGCACUUUACAUUGUAAUUCAGGGAAAGGCUUUUAUUUUUGUCAGCUUUGGAUGCUUUUUUUUAAAUCCUACAUUACUAUAUGACAAUAACUCUACAUUUUAUAGUUCAUUGUGUCCCAUGGAAGCUUUGUCUGUACUUGAUGUUUUAAGACCAAGCAAGCUUCAGUAGUUCUGUUAUUUUGUAGAGCAAUACUGUGAAUGUUCCAGUUGUCCAAAUACAUCACAUUUUAGUAACCUGUUCUUAAAAUCUCCACUAAGCGCUAUAAGUAUGUGUAAUGUGUAAUACUACUAAAGGAAUUUCUUGUAUAAAUGCAUGCAUUAUAUUAAUCCAUGCAUAUUGGUUCUGGCUGUGAAGGACACCACUCUCUGGUGUUGCAGCACAUGACUGUUGAUUUAUAGAGAAAGACGCUCUUGAUUUUUAAACACUUUAUUUUGCUAAACCAUGAUUUAUGAAACUUUAAUUCCUUGUUCUUUUUUUUUUUUUUUGCAAGGUCUGCCUUGUGAGAGUGAAACUUGUCUACUUUUAACUGCAUUUACCUUAUUGUUGUUGGGAUUCAAAAAUGAAGCCCAAAACAUUGCAUCUCCCACUGGUCAUUUCAGGAUCUCAAACAGUCCAAAACCAAACCUGAUAAACGUGUUAAAUGAACACAGCCAGUCUGUCUUAAGAUUUGUCUUGAGCUGUUUUAGGAUUUGCUUGGCUACUGAUCAUGAAACUGGCUGAGAGAGAUCAGUGCUGUGAGGUGGACUGUGCCAAAUGCAUAACAUUAUAAUAAAGAUUUGUAUUUGUGA